GGAGAGCAGCCUCAGCGCCAUCAAUAUCAAUUGGCCCCCGUCGCACGCGGACCGGGACGCACGGCGCCAGUCGACCGAGGACGCCAGCCGCCGCAGGCUGCUCGCACAACCGCACACGAGGACCGGGCAAAGACAGCCAGGGGCAGCCACAAUGGGAGUCCGGGACAUGCGCGACCCCCGCCAGGUGCCCCUUCUCCAACUACCGAAAGCUUUUGAUGAUGGGCGGAACCCGAGCCCCUACUCCAAGAGAAAACAACAAAACGUGAUGUUCCCCUGGGAUAAAAAAAAACCGAUCACGCGCGACAUGCAGGAGCGCGUCAUGUCCAAGCUCAUCGCGAACGGGUGCAAGAAGAAGCGGCGGAAGCGGACGUACUUUUCGGGGAGUGCGCCGUCCGAUCUCGAUCUGUUGAUCCGGGAGGAGAAGCGGAAACCAGGUCCCAACCACUAUCACGUGCGCGAGGACUCUACUAUUGCGAGGGUGCGGGUUCCCGUCAUGGGGCGUUUGAAUUUGUCAUCUACGGUCUCGCUGAAGCCUCCUGUGGUGCCACCAGGACCGGGUGCGUAUGAAACGCAUCUGAUCAACCCCGGACUCGACCUAGAUAAACCGGUGAGCUUCCCGCAGACCGGCCGCAAGUCCAUGGCUUUAGAUAAUGACGUUCCGGGGCCUGGGGCUUAUCCCGGAUUGUUCGAGCGGCCCUACACUCCUGGGGGAAGGAUGGGCCCCGUGCCCAAUCUGUCGAGGGUGCCUCGCGUUGAUGGAGACGAUGGUGUCGAGCCCGGGCCGGGCUGGUAUUCUCCUAGACUCCCAUCGACGCCGGGUGGCAAGCUCGUGCAGGGUGCUCGAGAUACCAUACAGUUGUUAGGGUACCCCGACGAGCCCGGGCCUGGUCAUUAUGAAGCGCAGAAGGCCAUGGAUUAUGUGGAAGCCACCGAUAGGACCGUGACGAUACCGAAUAGCAGGCCGAUGACGGCUCUGGAAAGAACUAUUCUGGAAGGUAGCAGAAAACCAGGACCCUCUGAUUAUGAUGCGAGAGGAUCGAUGUCCUACCUCGAAGCUACGGAUCGUACCUUCACCAUACCGAAGACGAGGCCCAUGACCGCGCUGGAGCGAACGAUUCUGGAAGGUUCGAGGAAACCGGCCCCCUGGGACUACUCGCCCCAGCGCCUCUUCCACGACCCCUCUGCUUCCUUUGGCAAUCUACCGCCUGAGGGCCAGUUCGACGCGAAUAGCUUCGUGCACAUCGCCGAGAGACACGGGAGAAGCACACCGGCACCCGGCGAAUACGACCUACCCGGAUUUGGGGAUGAAUCUUUAGGAGGGCAGUUCCAGGCCGGGAAGCGCGUCGACAUUCUCACCAAUCUCAAUGGUGUCCCGGGCCCGGGCACGUACAACCUACCCAGUACGUGUCUCAAAGAGUGCAACAUGAUGCCGAAGUUCGGUUCUACAUUAGCUCGUAAGGUCUGGCCGAAUGGCAUGCCCGGACCGGGCGAGUACGACGUGCCCGAUUUAGAUGCCGGGUCUCGCUCCAUUGGUAGAGGUACCCGACCACCUCUGGGAAGCUCGUCGCUGCGCCCGCCGCUGAACGUGCCCAACGACAACCCCGGCCCGGGCACCUACGAGGUCGGAGGGUUCAAGACGGAGUUUCUGGGAUGGGGGUCCAUGGCCUCGACGGUCUCGAAGUUCGACCCGAACUUCGAAACUACCUUGAAAGUGGCCGCCACCGAACCGGGUCCCUCGGACUACGGCAACCAGAACUCCACCCUAUCCAUUGGUGGUGGCAGGUUUGGCCGGCCGUACGAUCCUAAUAGACCGUGGGAGGACGAGGACGAGAUGUCCUACGAGGACUGACUAACUUACUUCUAGUAUUAG